GGCCACGCCGUGUGGGCCGAUGCGGCGGCGCCGGGAGCGGCACCGGGAAAAGCACCGGGAACAGCACCGGGAAAAACACCGGGAAAAACACCGGGAAAAGCACCGAUAGCCCCGCCAUGGAGUACGUGAGCCCCGAGCAGCUGGCCGGCUUCAGCAAGUACAAGUACAGCGCCGUGGACAGCAACCCCCUGUCCCUGUAUGUCAUGCAUCCCUUCUGGAACGCCGUUGUGAAGAUCUUCCCUACCUGGCUGGCCCCAAAUUUGAUAACGUUUUCUGGCUUCCUGCUGCUUGUCUUCAACUUCUUCCUCAUGGCAUACUUCGACCCUGACUUUUAUGCUUCUGCUCCUGAUCACCAGCACGUUCCAAACGGCGUGUGGAUCGUGGUGGGGCUCCUCAACUUCAUGGCCUACACGUUGGAUGGCGUGGAUGGGAAGCAGGCACGCCGCACCAACUCCAGCACACCCCUGGGAGAGCUCUUUGACCACGGCCUGGACAGCUGGGCCUGCGUCUACUUCGUGGUCACCGUGUACUCCACCUUCGGCCGGGGCUCCACCGGCGUCAGCGUCUUCGUCCUCUACCUCCUGCUCUGGGUGGUCUUGUUUUCCUUCAUCCUCUCCCACUGGGAGAAGUACAACACGGGGAUUCUCUUCCUGCCCUGGGGAUAUGACGUCAGCCAGGUGACCAUUUCAAUUGUCUACAUAGUGACAGCCUUUGUGGGAGUUGAGGCCUGGUAUGCACCUUUCCUGUUUAAUUUCUUAUAUAGAGACCUAUUCACUGCAAUGAUUAUUGCCUGUGCCCUCACUGUGACCCUGCCCAUGAGCCUGUACAACUUCUACAAGGCCUAUAAAAACAACACCUUGAAGCACCACUCUGCAUACGAAAUCCUGCUGCCCCUGGUGUCCCCGGUGCUGCUGUUCCUGCUCUGCACCACCUGGAUCUUCCUGUCCCCCACUGACAUCCUGGAGGUCCAGCCCAGGCUCUUCUAUUUCAUGGUUGGAACAGCCUUUGCCAACAUCUCUUGCCAGCUGAUCGUGUGCCAGAUGAGCAGCACUCGGUGCCAGCCCCUCAACUGGAUGCUGCUGCCCAUCGCGGCCGUGCUGCUGCUGGUGCUGUCCGGGCUGGCUCCGGGCAGGGAGACGCUCCUGCUGUACCUGCUGACAGCCUUCCUCACCCUGGCACACAUCCACUACGGAGUGGUGGUGGUGAGCCAGCUGAGCCGGCACUUCAACAUCCGUCCCUUCUCGCUGCGGAAGCCCACCCCGGACUGACUGGGAGCCGAGGAGGAGCAGCCGGGCCUGCGGGCUGCGGGAGGACUGUAAAUACCUGCUGCAAACAAAUGUAAAUAUUCAGCCAUCACCACGGAUCCAACCAGCCCCGGACAGCGCCGAGGACACGCGGGAGCCGGGCCGGGGCGGCUCCUGCUGCUCUGCCAUCCCUGCGAGCUGCCAGCUUGGGAUUUUGGGUGGAGCUGGAGGAGGAGGAACCUUCCAGGGCGCUCUUACUGUACCUUAGACCAGCUGAAUGUUCCCAGAGAAGCCUCUGACUCCGGCCCUCACUGCUUGGGGACACAAAGGCUUUACCUGAGCAAAGCACCUUGGCCUGACACCAAAAUCAACACAGCUGAUUCCUCCAGGGCAGGGGGAUGUCCUGGAGGUCAGGGUGGCUCCUGGCUGUCCCCAGGGCUGCUGGCUGCACAGCCCCUGUGCUGGGCUGGGACUUUGGGAGCAGAUGGUGACACUUCUCCCACCUUCUGUCCUGCCUUCCUGCUUUUGGGCAAACACAUGCUAGCACCUCUGUUGUCUUUUUUGGGGUUUUUUGGGGUUUUUUUUUGUUUUUUUUUUGUUUGUUUGUUUGGGUUUUUUUGGGUUUUUUUUUGGUUUUUUAAGGGGAAAAAAAAAAGACAAGACACUCAAAACUUGUACUUCAAUCCUAACUGGGGGCUUGGAAAAUCAGGGCACAGUUUCCCAUAGGAAACUUCUGCACGUUGUGUGGUGGGACCACACCUGGACACGUUCCUGUGUGUCCCUGUGUGUUCCCAGGCUGGGAACGGGGUCUGGGCUGUGGAGGGUGGCUGAGAUUACAGAGCCAGCCCCUCCCCAUUCCUGCCACCAUGGAUUUGGGUCCUUCCCUGCUGCCUGAGCCUCUUGUCCACAGCCAGGAGCAGCCUGAUCUGUCCCAACUGCAGUUCCAGCACUGGGAGAAGCAGCUGAAGCCCUGUGUUGCUCCUUCAGGAUGUCCCCAGGGGUGGGAACCCUCCAGAUCCCCCUCUCUUUGUCCCCAGCACCCGCGUGUCUCAUCCAGGCAUCUCUUUCGUUUACUGUCCGCUCGUCAAAGACGUCUUCGCAUUGAUUUAAUUUUUUAAUUUGUUUUUAUAAUUGACUCGGAGUGGGGUGGUGAAGACUGAACGCUGAUUUUCUUUCCUGUUGGCUCGAUUCAAACGAAGACCCGUGCUUGAAUGAAGAGUGUAGCUUAAAGCCAGGCUCUGGAAAGGCUGCAUCCGGAAGAGAACAAGCACAGAUCCUGCAGGUGGAACCACCGUGGGGACAAUUCCUUCAGACACCGAUUGUGGGGCAUCACAGCUUGCUCAGAGCAGUCUCCUUCUGCAGGGGAAGCCUUCAAGUUAAGUGCUAUUUAAUGCUUUUUCUUUUGGAAAUCAGAAUCACCGUCACAACAAGACUGGAAACCCCAAGGCUGAGCUCGGUCAGCCCCUGGGCACCUCCUGGUCAGCCUCUGGUCAUCCCUUGGUCACUUUGCUCAGCCCCUGGUCCCAAAACAGCCCGUGAGGAGCAAACUGGGCCCUUGCCAGGGCUGCCAUCCCUCGUGGGAGGCUCUGGAUCUCAGGGCUGCGAGAGGGGGCCGAUGGUUUUCAGAGUUUAUUUAAUAAAAUAGCUUCCUCCAAUCCAUUUUACUGAUGUUGUACAGAAAAAAAAAGAAAAAAAAUCCAAACAAAACCCUCCACGGACAAAUUACUUGGGCUGCACCUGAGUUUUUGACUCCUGCUAUUUAAUGCAAUAGAAUUAUGGAGAUAAAUUGAAGUCCUGCUCGCACAGAGGGAAUCUUCAGCUUCCUGUAGGACUUGUGCAGAUAGCAAAGCUGGGCUGGCAACAGUGAAAAAGGUGGAUGUUGGAUGAUUUUUCUGUCUAGUUUUGUGUUUGCCCAAGCAGGGGACAGCUGAGCUGAACUCUGGGCUCCCAAACCUGUCACCUGCCUUGUCCUGUCUCUUCCACCAGUGACCCCUGAGGAUUUGGGAUGCUGCUGAGGCUGAGCUUCAAUCUUGGUGUGUGGGAAGAACAUCCCUCUCCAAAACUGGAAAUGCUUCCUCUGCACAGGCUUUAUCUUGGGGCAGUUCUGGCUCUUUGGUGCCUUAAUUUAUUGCACCUUGAAAGUAGAAAAAGAAAUCUCCUUAAAGCAGCGCUGGGGUUUGGGCUGGCUGGGGGGUUCUCCUUGGGCUCUUAGAAAUCCAGUGAUUUCUGCUCCUGGAUUCUGAGAGGGGAAUAGAAACAAAGAGACCAAACCCUGUGUGGCAGCUGAGAACCAACCCUUCUAUUGCCCACCGUGGGUUUGGGUCUUGGGAAUUGAUAAUUAAAAAUGGGGAAUUAAGAAUUAAAAAUGAAAAAAAAAAAAAAAAAAAAAUUAAAAAUGCUCCUGGGUAACAGCUGCUGAGGGGGAUGUUCUGUGCUGGUUGUGGUCCUGGGGAUGGAGAGGGCAGGUCCUGACUGCUCACCUCCUCCUGCCCGGUGCCCCAGAGCUGAUCUGUGUUGUCUUUUCUUCCAUGGAUUGCUUGCUCCAAGUCUGGGACCCUCCCAGGGAUCCAGGGGCUGGGCACAGCUGCUCUGGGCACCCUGUGGGGGGAACAAUUCCCAAUUUCCCAGCCCUGUCCCAUGGGCACAGCCAUUCCCUGGGUGCUGUCCCAAAUCCUCUCCAGCUCUCCUGGUUGGUCACGGUGGGGUUUGGCCCCAGGGAAGGGGUGAUUUUGGGAAACCAGCCUUGGCUCCUCCUGGUUUUGCCCACCUCUACCUCUGAGCAGUGGCUGAGGUGACACAGAGGCUCCUCUCGGUGGGAUGAGGUGACACAGAGGCUGUUCUUGGUGGGACAAGGACAGGAUGAGAGGAAAUGGCCUCAAACUGUGCCAGGAGAGGUUCACGUUGGAUUUUGGAACAAUUCCUUCAUGGAUAGGGCUGUCCAUCCCUGGCACAGCUGUGCAGGGCAGGGGGGGAGUCCCCAUCCAUGGAGGGAUUGAAAAGCUAUGGGGAUGUGGCACUUGGGGACAUGGGACAGCACUUUGGCCGUGGUUGUGCUGGGAGUGGUUGGACUCCGAGGGCUUUUCCAGCCCCCUGAUUCCACGGGGACAAUGUUUGUGGAAAAGACCCUCUGGCCCAUCCAGGUGUGGCCAGACCUGGCUGGAGAAGUCCCCAGGCUGGUGUCCAAGGAAGUGGCUGGGCCAGGAGCAGAAGUUUUUGGGGUAAUUUUCCUCAGCCCACAGCAAAAUCUGCUCCCACCCCUCCCUGCCAGCAGGGACACGGCCCCGCUCCUGUCCCUGGGCAUGAAGGGGACACUGGUGCUGUGAUCCCCGGUGGCUUUCCCAGAGUCUGGGGGUUCAGGUACUGCAGUGGGUGUGAAUUCCAGUCUGUUCAAUGCUACUGCUGAAAUAUUUAUUGUGUUUAAGCCAAACGGAAAACGAAUAAAGGUCAGUAAAGAAUGAAA